CUCUCUGCGACACGUGCUCAAAGCAAACGGACUGCUUAACUUGCGGCAGAGGUCUUGCUUCGCUGAAACGAGGACGCCAGAGCGCCGCAGGAAUUCGUGGCACCGCGCUCGUUGCACCGCAGCAUCAGAUUCAAGUACAACUUGUGAGCUGCAGGCCUGAAGCCUGAAGUACUCCACCAACGAGACGACAGCAGCGAUGGGUCGCGGCGGCGCCUUGACGCGGACGCAGCUGCGGGCACAGAUUCAAAACGGCAAGCUCACGAGGAAACAACUUUGGGCGCCGCGGUGGAUGCUGGCCGCGCACGCCUUCCAGUGCGUCGGCGACCGCUCGUGGGGCCUCUUCCUACCGCUCUACCUCGCGGAACUCCGACCUGGAAGCGUCGCGCCCGUUGCUGUGAUAGAAGUCGUGCGCUACGGCUUCGGCAUGCUCUUCGCGACGAAGGUCGCGGAGUGGUGCGAGACGCAAGGACACUCAAAAGUACUGCGGCGGCUGCUGAUCUGCGAGAACUUGGGGGUGGUGCUGGGGGCCUUGUUGUCGCGGGCGGCGCUCGGGGAUCUCGGGAAUCCGGCCUUCUGGGCCGCGGCUGUUUUUUUUGGCGUCGACGCGGUGUGCUCGUCAGCCUUACAAACGCUCGUCGGCAAGGUGGCCGUGCGGUCUCUAUCAUCUUCCAUCCAAGCGACGCGGCUCGCGGAAACGAACGCGCGACUCGUUAGAUUAGACAUGGCCGUGGCCCUGUCGUGUCCGUUGGUCGUGGGCUACUUAUCCAAAAGACACGGCGGGCUCCGAGGCCUGCAUUGUCACGACGACGACUGCCACGCGCACCACUUCGGGGCGGCGGCGGCGUUAGCUGUUUCUCAUGUGAUUGGCGGUGUUGCCGUUUUCAUAUGUAGCGGCAAGUUCCGGUCGUGCCUCAGCGACAGUCCGCCGCCCUCGCCGCGAUCGGUCAUCCCCAAGUCACCUUCCAAAUUAGAAGGUCUAAAUGCGGUAAAGAAGCUGGACCCCUUCGCGCGCGGGUGCCUGGACUGCUACUGUUUAUUGUAUUUCACGGUACUGAGUCCGCACGGCGUCACGGUGGCCUGGUUACGAGGAGUGCGGCGCACGGACGCGGCCGUGAUUGGCUUAUUUCAGACGCUCGCCCAGGGCGCUGGUUUAUUGGCGACGUUUUUCACACCAUUCGUCGUGGAGCGGACGGGCGCGCGAAAAGCCGCGCGCGUCUCGAACGCGGCGCAAGUUUUGUGUGCGGCUUUAUCUGUCUUCGCUCUGUACCAUGGCCACGAGAAGGUAUUUUUAGCUGGUUUAUGUGCGUCGCGGUUUGGCUUGUGGGCCUUCGAUCUGCUGGAACGGGAGAUUCUGCAGACGGCCGCGCGGAGCGACGACCAGUGCAUGGCGCUCUUCGCGGAGCAGUCGCGGCGCACGUCGGCGGCGUCGUUACUUAUAUUCGGGGCGUCGGCCUACCUCUCGGACGCCGAAAAAUUCCCCUACCUCCUCGGCGCGUCGCUCGCGACGCUCGUCGUGUCGAUGCUCGUGCUCGACCGCGGCGCGCGGCGCGCGGACGCGCUCGCGAAGCGGGACUAAGGUAUUCGG